AUCAAUGGAAAGCAAUAUGAAAAAUUAGAGCUUUUGGGUAAAGGUGGUUCUUCAAAAGUUUUCAAGGUUAAAUCCAUGAGUAAUAAAGUUUAUGCAAUCAAAAAGAUAUCGUUUGAUGAAUUUGAUGAAGCAAGCAUAAAAGGUUUCAAAGGUGAAAUAGAUUUGCUAAGUAAAUUGAGAGAUCAAGAAAGAGUUGUAAGACUUAUUGAUCAUUGUCUAGGGCAAGGUUCUUUAUUACUUAUCAUGGAAUGUGGUGAUAUAGAUCUCUCCCAUGUAUUGGCAAAAAGACUAGACGUUCCAUUAGAUAUUGAGUUUGUGAGAUUUCAUGCUAAUGAGAUCCUUAAAUGUGUGAAGGCUGUCCAUGAUGCUGGUAUUGUUCAUUCAGAUUUGAAACCAGCUAAUUUUUUGUUUGUUAAAGGUAUGCUAAAAAUUAUUGAUUUCGGUAUCGCAAAUGCUGUUCCAGAACAUACAAUGAACAUUUAUCGUGAAAAUCAAAUUGGUACACCUAAUUAUAUGGCACCGGAAGCUUUGAUUGAUAAUAAUCAACAUUUAGCAGAUUCCACUCAACAUCAUAAGAGUACAUGGAAAGUUGGUAAACCCUCAGAUAUUUGGUCAUGUGGUUGUAUCAUUUAUCAAAUGAUUUAUGGUCGUCCACCUUAUGGUGGUUACCAGGGAUCCCAAAGAUUACUUGCUAUCAUGAAUCCAGAUGUCAAGAUUGCAUACCCAGAGAAAGGAUUAGGUAGUAUCAAAGUUCCUGGGACAGCUGUAGAAACCAUUGAAGCUUGUUUACAUCGUGAUCCAAACAAACGCUGGACAGCGCAAGAGAUAUUAGAUGGACCGUUUUUA